GAAACAUCAAUGGCGUCGUCAAUCACCCACCCAACCUCUUUCAUGUGGUCAACGCCUUUGGCAGUCACCCGGAAAACCCAACCUUACAUAUUCCGGCCAACUAGGCUUUCGGUUUCUGCAGCAAAAGGGGAUGCAAUGGGUGGUCGCAUGGUGGAUGAAAACAUGAUUGUAUUGAGGAAAAGGAUUCAUGAAAUGAAAGUGGAGGAGAGAAGCUACGAGCCGCCUUCGGAAUGGAUGGAUUGGGAGAAGAAGUAUUACGUGAGCUACAAUGCAUUCAUAUGUGAAUGGAUGAGGGUGUUGCAGUCGGGGUUGAUGAAUACUCGGCCUAGCCUCGCCCUUGGUAUGAUGGUGUUAAUCGCAUCAAGUGUUCCGGUGUCGAGUUUUGUGGUCGUUUCGAAUGCUAUCGAGAUUGGAAAGGGAGUUUUAAAUGGAAUCCUUUGAUUUGAAAAUUUAGUUGAUGGUUAGUUUUGUGAUAACUUAUACAUGGUUAUGAAGAUUGGCGUUUGUAUUUGGGUUUAAUACAUUGGAUUUUUUAGUUC